UGGGGGGUGCAGGGAGUCGCUGUGGGGCUGAUUUGGGAUUUUCCCCCCCCCCCAGACCCCCAUCACCGGGAUCUGUACCUGAACAGCAGCGACUUCCUGGCCCCACUGAACGACGAGCGCCUGCACCCCAAUGCCUCAGCCUGGAAGCAGAACCUGCUGCGGAUCCGCAACCUCAUCCUCAUCGGGGGCCCCGACGACGGCGUCAUCACCCCAUGGCAGUCCAGCCUUUUUGGGUUCUACGACGCCAAUGAGACGGUGCAGGACAUGCGCUCACAGGCGGUGAGUGACCCCAAAGCGUCCAUCCCAUAAACACCGGGACCCCCGUGUCCACCCC